AUGAGUCAAUCUGAUAGCAGUGCAUUGACCGAGCUUGAUUCCAGCGAUAGCAGUGCCUUGUCCGAGCUUGAGGACUCAAUAGACGUGCCCACCUCAACGGCCAAUGCUUCAAGCAUGGGUUCCUCCGAACCGUCUUCUACAGAUUAUCCCAACACGAGAUCCAAAACCGGUCUCAGUCAGAAUAAUUUGGCCGCAUUCAACAGCUUACUCCAAUCCCAGGCUGACGCGUCCGAAAAGGCUGCUCCGGCAAAGCCAGAGUCAUCAUGCCACACCGCCUCAUCUGCAUCGCGACCGCGCUUUGCGCCCCCGAAAGGUCCCCGGAAGCAGCAUCGGACCGGCUUCCGACAGCUGCCCGGAGCCAAUGGUGUUGUGAAGAGGGGCAGACCUUCAAAGAAAGAAUACAAACUUGCUGGCGUCGAAGUUGACAUGUAUGCCCUCAAGGGUGUCACCCUCCACGGACCUGCCAAGUCCUUGGAUGAAGUCAAGGGCGGUCAAAUCGUCGCUAGAAGGUCUAUCAAUGGCCGCCGGAGAAGCAGCGCUCGAAAACCGAGCAGCACCGGAUCAGCCGCGGCCAUAGGAAAGUCCGCAUCCGGACCAUUGAACGCGAUCCAGGAGGAAGCUCCGGCACUGCAACAAGCCACCAUGGUACCAAGCCAGAGCUACAGAGACACUCAACAGAUGUUAUUUUCAUCCACACAAGGACCUUCAGUUUACAACUAUCAAUUGGGCCUCGGGGGCCAAAACUUCACUCAACAAGCGUUUCCAUCAGCCUUCGAAACUCUGAAUGAUCCGAACUAUUCUAUGUACAACACUGACAUCAACGGGCUAUCCCAACACGAUUUCGUACCUCCUCCGUGGGACAAUAGCUUGCUGCCCGACCCUGGCUUCCAGUCAUUGAGCGACAUACCACGAUUGAGCGGCUUGUUCGACCAGCAAGCGUCCUUGAACUUUGCUCCUCUGAAUCCGAUGCAGACUUUGGUUGACCCCACUGUCGAUCCAAACUUGAACUACGCUAGCUUGGGCAUGCCGGCUUGGACUGGCUCCGACCCCCGCUUGUAUGCCUAUCCCCCCGUCGGCCUUGACGCUCAUAAUCUCCCUCUCCCUGACUCCCAAAACUUGAACGGAUCUCAGUACAGCUCAACCGGUUAUAACCAGUACGCGUAUCCUUCCGGAUUCCAGAACUUCCAGCCGUAA